AUGAAGGAUGAAGAUGAUACGGUGAAGCUUACUGUGGCUCUAGUAAAGUUAGAUGCUGAUGAGAAUGAACAUGAGGAUGAUGAGGAUGAAGAUGAGAAGGAUGGUGAGAAAGAGGAGAAAGGUGACUAUGGUGAGGAAGGUAACGAUUGUGAUGAUGAGGAUGGUGAUGAGGAUGGUGCUGAGGAUGGCGAUGAGGAUGAUAAGGGUGAUGAGGGUGAUAAGGAAGGUGGGGAUGGUGACGAUGGUGACGAUGAGGACGGUGAUGAAGAUGGUGAUGAUGGGUGGGGAUGA